UGUCUCUGUACAUGUCCUGUGUGAGCUUUUGAGACCUGCUCUGUUCAUCGUGCUGCAGGUUGCGGACUGGGACUCCUCUUCCUGCUCAUCACUGGUUCUUGGCUGAUUUGGGGGCUGAAGAAGAGGCGGCAAAUGAGGCUCCAAGAGAAGUUCUUCAAGCAAAACGGAGGGCUGUUGCUGCAGCAGCGAAUCGCUUCCAGCGAGGGCGCUGCAGAGACCGCCAGGAUCUUCACAGCAGAGGAACUCGAACGGGCCACCGACAACUACAGCGAGAGCCGCGUGGUCGGAAGAGGCGGCUACGGCAUCGUGUACAGGGGAAUCCUACGGGACAACCGAGUGGUGGCCAUCAAGAAGUCCAGAGUCAUCGACGAGAGCCAGUUGGAGCAGUUCAUCAACGAGGUGGUCAUCCUCUCCCAAGUCAUCCACCGGAACGUGGUCAGAAUCCUGGGCUGCUGCUUGGAAACGCAGGUCCCCUUGCUGGUCUACGAGUACGUUCCCAACGGCAACCUUCACCACCAUGUCCACGGCCAGGGCCGCGCGUCGUCGCUCUCCUGGGAGACGCGCCUGAGGAUCGCGGCGGAGACCGCCGGGGCGCUUGCCUACCUCCACUCCGCCACCGCCAGGCCGAUCUUCCAUCGGGACGUCAAGUCCGCCAACAUCCUCCUCGACGAGAACCACAUGGCGAAGGUGUCCGACUUCGGAGCCUCGAGGCUGAUCACCAUGGACAGGAUGCAGAUAACCACGUUGGUCCAAGGCACACUCGGCUACUUGGAUCCCGAGUACUUCCAGACCGGACAACUGACGGAGAAGAGCGACGUUUACAGCUUCGGCGUCGUCCUCGCGGAGCUCCUGACGGGGCUUUUGCCCAUCUCUCAAGCCAGACGGCAAGAAGAGCAGAACUUAGCCAUCUAUUUCCUCGUUCACAUGAGGGAAGACCGCCUGUUCGAGAUAUUGGAGCCUCGAGUACGCAACGAGGGAAACCGAGAGCAGCUGCUCACGGUGGCCGAGCUGACCAGGAGAUGCCUUAGGCUGCGAGGGAACGAAAGGCCUACCAUGACGGAGGUGGCAGCGGAGCUCGAGCGGACAAGAAGGCAAAGGGAGCACCCAUGGCUGGAAAACGAGCACGGAGAGAGUCAGAGCUUGCUCAGGGAACCAGCAACCGUGUACUACACAAGUCCUAUCACCGGAGACGAAGACUUAGAUGCACAUAUCAUGCUCUCUCUGGAAAUGACCAGAGGAUGACGAAGACUCGAAGGUUGAUGAUGAUGAUGAUUGUCCAGCCGUCAGGACUUCGUUUUCCCUUUGACUCACUUUUGUAUCCAAAUCUGUUUGUGUCGCGAUCAUGCAGAACAUAAUAUGUCUUAUUUUAAGGCGAAGAACAGUUUUAUGUUAUAUUUUUUUAUGUAUUCAGUGAAUAAGAUCAUUAAUUCAUCUA